AUGGUAGAAAUUUGGGCAAUUGGCUACAUCAUGUCUACAUUAUUCUAUCCAAUUAUAACCUUUAUUCUUAUCGCCAUAUGCAUUUCAUACUGGGCAGUGACGGCUGUUUUCCUGGCUACCUCAGGAGAACCUGUGUACAAAGUUAUGGCUAAUCAAACCUUAUGCAAGUAUGCAAAUUUGACCUGUUAUCCAGAGACUUUCAACACUACUAACGUGACCAAACUAUGUCCAGGGGCACAGUGUACAUUUGCUUUCUAUGGGGGAGAAAGUCUAUACCACCGCUACAUUUUAGUGUUUCAAAUUAUCAAUGUGUUUGUCUUUCUCUGGCUGGUCAAUUUUUCAAUCGCAUUGGGUCAAUGUACCCUUGCUGGUGCCUUUGCUUCUUAUUAUUGGGCCUUCCGAAAACCUGCUGACAUCCCACCUUGCCCUCUCUUUUCUUCAUUUGGACGAGCAAUACGGUAUCAUACAGGUUCUUUAGCAUUUGGCUCCUUAAUUCUUGCAGUGGUUCAACUAAUUAGAGUAAUCCUGGAAUACCUUGAUCACAAACUUAAGGGCUCACAAAAUGCAUUUGCUAAGUUCUUGCUUUGCUGCCUCAAAUGCUGUUUUUGGUGUUUGGAAAAAUUCCUUAAAUUUAUCAACAGGAAUGCUUACAUCAUGAUUGCAAUCUAUGGUAAAAACUUCUGCACCUCAGCAAGGGAAGCGUUCUUUCUUCUCAUGAGAAAUGUGGUAAGGGUUGCAGUCCUGGAUAAAGUAACAGACUUCUUAUUAUUCCUGGGUAAACUCCUCGUUGCUGGAGCUGUGGACUGUCAUUAUAGGGUCAUAUCUGGUUGCACACGGAUUCUUCAGUGUCUAUGCAAUGUGUGUUGACACACUUUUCCUCUGUUUUUGCGAAGACUUGGAAAGGAAUGACGGAUCUACAGCAAAACCUUACUACAUGUCAGCUAGUCUGCACCGGAUUUUGGGGAAGAAGGAACUGAGUCCCAAAAAGUUAAUGGGAUGAUGCUCAAAAUUGCAACAGUGUUAGUUUUAAGGAAGAGGGGAGAAAAAAACAUUUUAAAAGCAGGAUGCGUAUAAUUUAGACAAAAGAUUUUUUUUAAGUAUGACGCUUCUGGUUAAUAAAUCAUUUGUGUUGCUUUAUACUAUCUAAAAAUAAGCAAAUGGGCAACAUUUUCAAGACGUCUUUUAACCGCUGUGAAAUAAGAUCACAUCAUAGUUUUUAUAGAGUGCCUAUGGGAAAUGUGUAAAUGUGAAGCUUCUUUUUUUUAAUCUUUAGCUCUUAGUGUUUUAAUAACUUUUCUAACCUGAAAUUUUGCUGUCUGAAAUGACAGCCAUUUUGAUAACUUUUUUUAUAGGUGUAUAUUUGUAAAGGAUAUUCAGGCAAUUUUUCAAAGCACUACAAUGUAUCCUAAUUAGCCAUAAACAUAUCAAGAUUAUCGGUAACCAGCAGGUAGUCCUAAAAUUGUAAUGAUGGUGCUAUGGCUGUAUUUUUACUGUACAUGCUGAAUGACAGCUACUUAAACUGUGACUAAAAAAAACCUAAUGGUUCCCAUGUGAGGAAGGGCACAUUGCUUAUUCAGUUGCCUCCUAAAAGUUGAAAUGGAGAUAAAUUGGGAUCCUGAUGAUUGAUCUCCCCCCACCCACAAAAUAGAGCAAAGAUUAUUUAAAUACCUUCAAUUUUUUUCAAAAAAAGAAUGUUAUGCCAAUAUCUAUUAUUCAUUUUUUUAAAAAUGUACGUCAUGCAAUAGCCCCUGUUUGCCACCAAAUGCAAUAUUUAUGGGGGCAGUUGCAAAAUAUUAAUAAUAAUACUGGGUUAAGAGUGCUAUGAUUUUAUAUGCAUUAUGUAAACAUUUUUUUCUAGAAAAAAUAUCCAUAAAAUAAAAUCCAAUAUUAGUUUUUUUUCCCCUAUGGAAGAAAUCCUUGUAAACAAGCUUGGUGUUUCCUAACUUGGUCUUCUGGUGAUUUGAUGGAACUUCUGUUCCAGUUCUCCUCACCAGUUCAACCUUUGUUCAGUGUAUCUUUGGAACACACCAGAUUGAAGAAGGUUGAUCUCAGCUGAAACUCAGAUCAUUUGCAUUUCAUCAUAACUUUUUCUCCUUCUUCUCCUGCUUGACAAAGACAAAGAAUUAAGGAUUAUUUGCCAUUUAGGUCCCUCUUGCAUUAUUUAUAUGAACAUGUGAUCAUUUUUCAUUCAGAGAGGAAAGAAAUGAGAGAGAUGUAAUAUGAAUGAAUAUUCCUUGUAGCUGAAGUAAAAAAACACCUGGUCUUGAGUCUCAUAGAAAAAGACCUAAUGAGUAAAUAUCAAAAAUUAGUAUUCUGCAUCAUAAAAUAGAAUACACUCCUGUGAAGGAAAAUACAAUUGUCUUAUUUAUAACUGGAACUCAAAAUCAUUAAUCUCAUUUUAUACUAGUAAAAGCUGGGGAGACAACAUAUUCUAAGCAGAGUUUCUUCACAGUCAUGCUGCUUAUUUAGGAGUUGUCUCAUAUGAACUUUUAUUUCUGUUAAACAUUAAAACAAUGGGUAGCCUUAGUUAUGCUGUUGCUCCUGGCUCAUGAGAGGCUUUUAAAAAAGGACACACUGUUUUCAACACCUGUGAUCAUUAAUUCCAUUAUCCCCUCAUGACAUGAUCCUCUGUGAUUAACACAGGGGUGAUUGGCCUCAGUUCUGACUGAAGCUUGUGGCCAGAUUUGCAAUGGUAAUUCUACUUAUUUCUCUAAUUUAUUGCACAAAUCAAUACCAAGCUUAUUCUUCUAAAAUUGGGCCCUCCAAAAUUCAUUCAACUGAACUGCCUAGUUCUACAUGAAGCUGGUCUUGGUUUUAAGAUAAUUGAGCAAUUCAACUGAUAUUAAUUGGACUAAUAUAGAAUCUUAGGUGUUUUUAAUCCCCCAGUUUUUAAUUCCAAGAGUUUUUAACUUUUCUGUUACAAAGAAGUUUUUCCUGGAAGUCCAUUCUGUUAAAAGGAACAACUUAUUUCCAGAUGAGAAUAUUUUUUUGAGAAAGGUGCUUACAUUAUUUGUAUUCCAAAACACUUGAGAGAGCUAGCAGUCUGAAAUAAAUUAUAUAUAUGCACUCAGCUGAAUGCCCAUGUCGGUGAGUAGAUAUACUUUUCAUGCAGACAAGUGUAAUUCAUCUAGAUUGGGCACAAAGGUAGCUUUCCUGGAGGAGGGAAUAUUUUGCUACUUCUACCUACUUCAGCAAAAACUGUUCUAGAAGGUCGAGGAGCUCUUUGGGACAACAGGAAUGAUGCAAGAAGAGCCAGGACCUGGUUAGAGUCAUUUGCCCUUCCCUCAGCAGGAGCCUCCAAAGGAGUCUACCUGCCCCAAUGGAAUGGUCCUUUCCAUUUAGAAGAAGGCAAUUUCUUCCCUUCUGUGCUACUAAAAGGGACAACAAAUUAGUUUCUCUGCAUGCAAAUAUACAAAUCAAAAGAUGAAUAGAGCCUCUUAACUACAGCAAUCACUGAGUGUUAGCAGACAUCUAUUAGGAAUGUCUCUAGAAGGCAACUUUCGUCCAUGGAUAACUGGAGAGCAGUUUGAAUAAUAUAUAAUUCAUCAUUAAAAAAACAUAUUUUCCCAUUGUAAUGCCUGUUCAGACCUUAGACUAUGGCUAUAUAUGAACCCAACUAUCAUGCUGUUCACAUAAUGUUAAUAUCUUGAGAUACUUAGUAGGCAAAAUAAUUGACUUAGUCCUUGCUAAGCAUGUCCUUGCAUAUUAAAUCUUAGGAUUAGUCUUAAAUGUUUUCAGUUGAGAUAAAUUGAUGAUAUUCAUUUGAAAAACAGCAAGAUUGCACUUUUAAGUCACAAUGCAACCAUCAGACAUCAUUAGAUGUCUUUAGGAAUUGUUAGGUGUAACACUGGAUUGUUUCUAGAUAAUUAGAACUGAUUCUAACAAUUAUUAGAACAGGAGUGACAUCUGGAAAAUGUAUGUUGUUAUCUUACUGAUUAAAACAGGGGCUUAGCAAUCAAUCCAAAGAAGCUAACACAUAAAGGAAGAAAAAUAAACUAAUUUGCCAAAGAAGUCACAAAAUUAUUUUCCCCCCACAUGCAAUAUUUAUUCUGGCCUGGUUUUUAUUUAACAAACCAUGGUUAAAAUAAACUGUGAUUUAAUAUAUGUGAGUACAGCCGAUAGACUGUACUUGAAUAAGUAAACCCAGUCAGAAAUAAAAUGGAAAAAUGCCCUUAAAGGAAACAUUCUAGAGUCAUUUUAUUAACUAAACAACUGGAAAAAAUGUGAAAAUGCUAAGCAAUAGCACUGAAAUUUGGCUACCAUUCAGCCAAUUUGAAAUGUCAAAUAAUGGCAAAGUGUACAUCUGAUAGGCAAAAUUCCUGAAUAUCUUUCUCAGAAAUGAAUGAGCAUUAAUGUGCAAACUAAGUAAUAAUUUAUUUUUGAAAGGCAAAUAGCUUUGAAUUUUGACUGAUGUGUUUCUUAAUCCUUAGGACAAACCCUGCAGGUUUGUUAUAGUGUCCAUUUUAUGCAUAUAGUGCUUUAACAUAAAGCUAAAGCUUGAUCAAAUGCACUUCCGUGCUUUAGAGAAGUCAUAAUGUACUAGAAAAAUCAUUUCUUGAUGAGAUGAUAACAUAGGCUUGGAUCCUGCACUCCUUCGAGUCAAGAGCGGAGGCAAAGGCUUCUUCUUGAUGGAACUGGUGCAGCAUCUAGCCCACUUGAUUCUAAAGGGCUGAUUAUAUUAUUGCGCCAGUGUUUACAGUAUAAUAAAUGCCAAAACAUCCCAUGUGUAAUAUAUACAUAUAUAUAUAUCUCGCCAGGCGUUUGCUGUUGUGCACAAAAGAGCCAGCAGAUGGAAGUAUUGGAUUGGUUUCAUUUUUUGCUCUCUGCCUUUCUUCCUCCUAGUGGGAGAUUUAGAAAGUCAGGAUGGUUCUACCAAAAGACCUUAUUACAUGAGUAAAUCUCUGCUGAAGAUACUCAACAAGCAUAACAUGCAAAGCAAAAGACAUUAGAGAAGGUGGACUGUCCUCACCACAUCAUUGCAUUGGGUCUGGUGCACUGUUUCUGCAAUACGUUGUCAGCUUUUACUUGUGCAAGUUUUAUACCAAAGCUAUUGUACCCCGUGAAACCAUCCGAGUGAAACCAUCCGAGGUUUGUCGUGACACCAAUCUUUAAAAUUCCAGGGACAGAGGAAACAUGAGAGAUUUCUCCCCCCCCCCUUCUUUCUCUCUUGAUUUCUCUUUAAUUACUGUGGCUUGGAUAUUAAAAUGUUGGCUGUUGUUUUCUUUAUUUUUCUUCUUUUAAAAAAGAGGUAUGAAAUGUCUUACUGUUAAACAUUUUGUCCUAAGUGAGUAAACAGAUUUUUCAAAACAAUGUUAAGAGUUUCCAAGGAAGAAAACCUGUAAAUGUCCUUUUUCAAUAUAUAUGGUCAAAGAAUAUGUAAAUGUCUCUUGACUGCAUUUCAAGUUUUGUCCCUUUCCUAGCCUGUACAGCUGUGUGCUCCAAUACAAAGUGCCUUACUGGCUAUUGGUAUCAACUACUUUAUGUUCCUAAGUUUACAAGCACCAUUUGAACCAUUAAUCUACUAUUGCUUGAAACAAAAACUCUCGUUUGAUUUAUUUGAAAGUAUUGAUACAAGUUUGGUUGUUUUAUGUAGUUGCAAGUGUUACAAAACCUGUAUUUUCCCACCUCCAUCUGCUCUAAAAGCAAAGCAGUGGGCAAUAUAACAUUUAGGUGUUUCUGCUUAGUUUUAUCCAUCUUGAUUUAUAAUUCAGGAUAUUGAGUCUCUGCUGACUUUCCACUUCAACAUGUGCUGCAAUCCACAUACAAACCUGUUUUCUGGGGUAUUUAUUCAACUUCCUCAAUCCAGGAGAUCAGAAGUAGGUGUGCCAACUUUUCAGCCAGAUGUUUUAUCUAUCCAAGUGGCAAUUUGAUCUAUCACAAUUAACAGUAAAUAUUUAUUGCCCUGCUAAGAAAUAUUAUCAGAUGAUCCUAAUUUUAGAAAGCCUUUCCUACAAAAGAAAAGUAGAUUAGAUAGAAAAAUUUAUAAAGAAAGAAAAAUUUCCAGAGCAAUGCCCAGACUGCAUCCCACUUUUCCCCAAUCUAUCUAUGAGCCGAGGUGGCGCAGUGGUUAAAUGCAGCACUGCAGCA